AUGUCCAUGGACAUCGAUGUCAAUGAUGUCGCGGAAGAGGAGGUGCCGACGUGGGGAAAAUGCCCGCAGAUGUACCUCUCGUACGGCACCGCCACUCGCAACGACCGGCUCCCGAUGCUGAAGGACGCCGUCGCCGCCGUGAAGUCGUUCACGGUGCUGUCCCCGCCGAUGGGACUUGAUUUUUUCGGGGUCUUCGACGGGAUCUUGGGCGCCAUGUACGCCAAGCACAUGGGAGAGCGGCUGCACGUCGUCGUCGCUGAGAAGAUUAAGCGGGACCUGCUCGCCCAGGCCCCGCGGGCUCAAAACGACGUCGAGGACUGGUGGAAGACAGUCAUCGUGGACGCUGUCCGCGUGGUGGACAAAGAGGUGCUCAUCGGUGGCGGUAGUGGCAUCGAUGCUCCUGCGCGCGUCGGCUCCGGGGCUCUCGUCGUGCUGGUUCUCGAAGACUACUUCGUGCUCGCCAACCGCGGCGCUUCUAGGGCCGUGAUCUACCGCGGCUAUGAGGCCGUGCCGCUCACCCCCGAGCACGCGCGUAUGCCACAAAAUGGAGGAGGUGAUGUGGUUGGAUCUACCAGCAGACUUGAAGCCAUUAUGCGUCGUCACGCUUUUCGGAGCUCAAAGUCUAGAGCUACUGUCCGUAGGCUUGCUGUCCCGGAUCCUGAGGUCGUCGCGGUGAAGCGGAAGCCAGGGGACAAGUUCCUGAUCCUGGCCACCCGUGGGCUCUGGGACGUCGUCGCUCCAAGCGACGCAUGCGCCUUCAUCGAGAGAAGAUUGAGCGUGCCACGGAUCAUCAGGGAGUGGGACAAGAAGCCAACAAACAAUAGCGGCCCUCCCUAUGCGAAGGCACUUGCCAAUGAGUUGGCCGCGCACGCGAUCAGCAAGGGCACCAAGUGCAACGUGAACAUCAUCGUCAUACUGCUCAAGAAUUUUUGGGAUCUUCCCUGA